AUGAGCUACGUCACGAAUGCCACCGACUGGUUGUCUGAUUCUAUCACUUCCCAGGCCAAAAGCCUCAUCGCUACUUUCUAUGAGCUCGCGGAUUCCAAAGUUGAGGAUGCAGGAGAUCGACUAGCAACCGAGGUAUUCUCGAAUCAAGCAACCUUCAUCAGUCCUAGCGGGACAUUCAAUGGAACUGCAGGUAAGAUAGGUCUUCCCCCGCGAAAUAUCAAAAUGCAGAGAGAGUGCAUGAUCCUCAGCGAAGAUGGCCCCUAA